AUGAUGGCCACUACCAGUGGUGUGCUGCUGGCCGUCGGGUUUCUUUGGGUCAGGCAUGUCUACCUCGGCAUCGGCCAGAAGAUUUUUGUUGCGGGCAGCAGCAACGAACCCACUGGUCUGAUUGAAAGUCUGUUGGCCGAGCCUCUGCCUGAGAACCUGCACUUUGUGCAGUUCCCCAUUGCCGGAUUCAACAACGUAGAUUUUACCCAGGCAAACGCAAACGCUCACCUGACUACUUUUUUCAUGACGCCUGCGCUGAAAAACGCAGCUGCUGAGCGGCUGCAUUUUCUACCGAUGCAGAUGCGCUGGGUGUACAGCUAUUUGAGUCAAGGUAUCGAUGUGGCCCUUAUACAGGUUGCCCGUGACCGGGAUGGCCAGCUGCGCCUGGGCCCAAAUGUGGAUUUUGUUGAUGCCGUCCUCAGCAAUGCCAGGGUGGUGUUGGCGGAGCUAAAUACAGGUUUUACUGCGCCAGCAGGCGCACCGCUGAUAGACCCUGCACGCCUCGACCAUGUGUUUGAAAGCGAGCGUGAGCUGUUUGCUCCAGCCCCUCCAAGCAUUGAUGAAGCCGCCUUGCAGAUCGGCGCAAAUGUUGCUGGUUUGAUCAAGGAUGGGGAUGUUCUGCAGACCGGCAUUGGCGCUAUUCCUGCGGCCAUCCUCAGCCAGCUGGGCGACAAAAAUGAUCUCGGUAUGCACGGUGGUCUGAUCGACGAUGGCGGCAUGCAGCUUAUUCGUAACGGCAACCUUAAUGGCCGCAACAAAACCCUGGAUAAAAACAAGCACAUUACUGGUAUGGCGCUAGGCAGCAAGGCCCUGUUGACCUGGCUUGCCGAUACACCAGACGUGGUGUUCUGCGGUGCAAACCAUACUCACGAAGCGUCUGCCAUUGCACAACUGGAUAACUUUGUUUCGGUGAAUUCUGCGGUGGAGAUCGAUCUGCUUGGCCAGGUGAAUGCGGAGUAUGCUGGUGGGCGCCAGAUAUCUGGCACAGGUGGUUCAGUGGACUUCAUGCGUGCGGCUAAAGCGUCCCGCGGCGGGCGCUCAAUUGUUGCAAUGAAUGCAACUGCUCGAGGCGGAUCUGUCUCGCGUAUUGUCCCACGUGUGGAGUUGGUUACUGCGCUGCGUACGGACGUUGAUAUUGUGGUCACCGAGUUUGGUGUUGCACAUCUGAAAAAUCUGCCGGCAGCGGCCCGGGUUGAAGCGCUGAUUGAGAUAGCUGCGCCACAAUUUCGUGAUGCUCUGCGCCAGGGCGAACUUCACAACGCCUAA